AUGUCAAAAUUCGAAAAUAUACAAUCCUUGGAAAGUCGUAGAAGAAAUGUCGUGAAGAAGCAUCUACAAAAACAAUCUUAUACUGUAUUCCCACCUAUACCGGAUAAAAGUAUAUUAAAAGAUCCUGUUACUACAUAUUUUGUAGGAGAUAUAUUACCUGACCGGAAAGCAAGAGUUAAAAAAGUUUUACCUGAAUACAGUUCGGCAGUUUUCAGAGGCAAAAGAUCCAUCAAGAACGAUACAGAAGUAAAGGACAUUGCAAAUGAAACCAAUUUGAAUAGAAGAAUCAACCGAAAAACGAUAAAAGACGAACGUAAAAAUAAACCGAGGCGUUUAAGAAAAAUCAAAAAUUCAUCCAAAGUUAAAAAAGUAGCAAGACAAGGGCACCAGAAGGAUAAUAACUUGGAAGUCAAAAAACAUAAACAAAAGAAGCGGUCGACCGUACAUCUAAAAUAUACAAAAAGAGAUAAUAACACCGCCAAAAUACAAUCAAAGAAAAGAAUUGUGAAGCAAAACAAAAAUAAAAUUGCGAAAAGACAAAGAGAUAAACGAAAUCAAGAAAGAAAAGCAAUAAGCAGACGUUUAAUAGCCGGGAAGGACGCCAUGAUACAGGACUAUCCUUAUGUGGUUUCAAUUCAGAAGGGUAACGAGCACUGGUGCGCGGGUGCUUUGUUGAACCCGCGUCUCGUAAUCACAACUGCGAAUUGUGUUUGGAAAGCCCGCAGUGUAAGUCGCAUGCGUAUAAGAGCUGGUACCAGACACAUGGCGAGGGGAGGCCAGGUUGCGAAAAUCCAAGAGGUCGUGAAACACCCCGGCUGGAACAUCCGAAGUCAACCCGACCAUGAUGUCGCCUUAUUACUUUUGGACAGAAAUAUUAAAUUUUCAGAUAAAGUCCACGGCGUAGAUCUUCCAAAUCGUGCUAUGUGGCCGGCUUUUGAUGAUGUUUGGGUGACCAGCUGGGGAUCUGAUAGACGAGACGGUAUAUUUCAUACAGUCGCUGUUUCACUGCAAGUGUAUCAUGCAAUACUGAUAGACCACGACAAGUGUAACAACAUCACACAACGCUUCGGUGUCGCUGUUACGCGUAACUUUAUAUGCGUUGCUCAGACUGGCCGACGAGCGCCUUGUACGCGUGAUACGGGAGCACCGGCAGUGAGUGAUGGAAUUUUGUGGGGACUUGCCUCUUGGGGUAUCCGAAAGCUGUGUGGUACGGAACGGUUUCCAGCAAUGUUCUCGUACCUAGCGUCACGUACUAAUCUUGAGUUUAUAACGAAUGCUACUCACUACCUGAUGUCGGAUAAACGUUUCUACCCAUACCCGGAUCGUUACAUUGCCGUGAAUGCAGAAACUACCUCAAAUCCCGAAACGAUCGCGACGUUUUAA